AUGCUCACAGAAUGUGAGAGAAUCCUGGGUGAAGGCCUCCUUCGGCUUCCCUCCAAACACAACUACCGCUAUACCCCCGCCGCCGAGAAAGACCUGCUCGAGCUCCUCUUCCGUUCCCUGUCCGGCCACAACGAAGAAUACCUGCGACAGCUCUUCCCAGAUGGAUUGCCGACCGGUCCGUGGAAGCUAGCCGAAGCUCAGGGCGCAAAAGAAGGCGCAGAGUACACUGAGGCCGCGCGGGGGAAGCGGUGCGGUCAUAUCUUCCGAGCCGGCGAAGCCACCUACCGGUGUGUCACCUGUGCCGCUGAUGACACUUGUGUCCUCUGCAGUCGAUGCUUCGACGCUUCCGACCACACGGGUCAUCAGUACCAAAUCUCACUCUCGUCCGGAAACUGCGGGUGCUGCGACUGCGGGGAUGACGAAGCCUGGCGCUUACCGCUCUUCUGUGCGAUCCACACCGACAGCGGCGACAAGAAAGGCAAGGAGCGCGCGCAGGUCCAGCUCCCCCGCGCUUGGGUGGAUAGCAUCCGUCUGACCAUCUCGCGGGCGCUGGACUACUUCUGUGACGUGAUUUCGUGCUCGCCCGAACAGCUGAGAUUACCCAAGACCGAGGAAGGGAUUCGCCAGGAUGAGGAAGCGUCGCGUUUGCAGUCAGCUUGGUACGGCGAGGGGGAUCAAGCGGAGGAGGAGCCGGAGUUCGCCCUGGCCCUUUGGAACGACGAGAAACAUACCAUCCGGGAGGUCACGCUUCAGGUCGCCCGCGCAUGCCGCGAACGAGACCGCUUCGGCCUAGAUCGGGCGCACGAGACGAAUGACAUCGGCCGGAGCGUGGUGAAGUACUCGAAGGACUUGAAGCGGCUCCUGGAGGUGUCCAAGAUCAUUGAGCAGAUCAAGGUCACCGUGACCAUUCGGUCCGCCCGUGACACGUUCCGCGAGCAGAUGUGCGGGACGAUCGUCGAGUGGCUCGCUGACAUCGCUGGCUGCAGCAUCCUCGAGGACAACGAGAUCCUGCGCCACAUCAUCUGCGAGGAAUUGCUGAACCCCUGGCGACGGGGUAGCGAUGCGUACAAUGCCGAGAUCGGUAUGAAGGGCAUCGAUGACCAUGAGAAGUCGGAGAAUAUGCGCAUCCGCACUGUCCUCCUUACUGUAUCGCCAGACGGCCCGGUGGUGCAGGUGGGCGGCGUUGAAGAAGAGGAGGAGGAGGAGGAUGACGAUGAUGCCAAUGCUGAGGGCGGUAAUGAAGAGGAAGAGGGCGACGACGAGGAUUAUGUUGAAGCCCAUGACGAUGCCGAUGAUGAAGAUGAUGAGAUGGAGCUCGAACUGACCCGCCUGGCAGAAGGAAUUGUAGAUGACGACGAUAUGGUCAUGGAGGAUGCAGAUGAUGCCUUUGAAAUCGCCCGGAACAUCUUGGGGCUUACUACCCAGCAGCAGCAGCAGACUACUGAGGACCAGGAGGAGCAGCAAAAUGAUGAGGCAGAGGAGCAACCUGAAGAACAGCCCUCUCAAUCACAGCAAACGCGGUCCGAUGAUUCGCAGCCGCCUACAAACGAGUCUGACACGACGGAACUUGGAAGAGCUCAUCCCCAAUCUUAUGUCUCCAUUCCCCGGACUCCUUCUGGCGUUGUCAAGCCUCACCCGGGGUCGGCUCCGCCGUGGUGGACCAAGCAACAAGUCUCCGUCCCAGAGACGAAAGGCCCGAUACCUCCAUAUGAGGAUCUUAAUCAGCGCACGCGUUUGGAUUGGAUGAUCCUUUUCGACCUUAGACUGUGGAAGAAGACUCGAACAGACCUUCGUGAUCUCUACAUCGGAACCGUGGUGAAUGUUCCUCAAUUCAAGCGCAUCAUGGGCCUUCGCUUGUCUGCACUUUACACGGCCCUUGCGCAGCUCUAUCUGAUUGCAGACCGGGAACCUGACCAUUCCAUCGUCAACUUGUCAUUGCAACUUCUUACCACGCCUUCGAUUACUGAAGAAAUUGUGUCACGAGGAAACUUUUUGACCAAGGUCAUGGCGAUCCUGUAUACCUUCCUGACCACAAGACAAGUUGGUGAGCCAUACGACAUCAACCCGAACGCAACAUUGGCUUUUGACGCGGGCUCCGUCACCAAUCGACGCCUCUACCACUUCUUCCUUGAUCUCCGGUAUCUGCUGCAAUCAGAAUAUGUCCAGCACCGUGUACGAACGCAGGGGUUGUACCUUGACCAGUUCCUGGACCUCGUCAAGCUCUCACAAGGAAUCUGUCCUAAUGUGCGCGCAGUCGGAGAGCACGUGGAAUACGAGACGGACGCGUGGAUUAGUGCUUCCAUCCUCAUGCGAGAGAUCAAUCGACUCUGCCGUCAGUUCUGUGAAUCCUUCCGCAACCCGGAGGCUGACGGGGGCCAAAACUUGCUGUCGGCUAUUAGGGUGGCUGCCAGUGCUGCAAUCCAGAACUCAGUGGGUAUGGAGCAUAAGCGCUUCGAGCAGGCAGAGAUCAAAGAGUACAUUCGUUUCAAGAACUUGCCGGAAUUCGAUUUCGAGGUUGAUCAGCCGGGUCAAAUUCCUCGUUACCGGGUCGUGGAUUUCGUUGUGGAGAAGGGCUCUAUCAGUUUCCAUCACGCACUGCACUAUACUCUUUCAUGGUUGUUGGAGUGUGGCCGUCACAUGGAUGCCACCACGAUACAACAGACCUUGUUUUCGGCUGCCAGGUAUUCCAAUAGCGCGCAUAUCCACGACGAUAAUUUGAGUGAAGAAGACUUGUUGCUUGCAAUGUUCGAUUACCCCCUGCGAGUGUGCGCCUGGCUAGCACAGAUGAAGGCCGGCAUGUGGGUUCGCAACGGGCUCAGUCUUCGUCACCAAAUGUCCCAGUACCGUGGUGUGUCUUCGCGUGAUUUUGCCUAUUACCGCGAUCUUUUCCUGCUGCAAACGGCUCUAGUCACCUGUGAUCCUAGCAGGGUUCUGGCGUCCAUUGCAGAGCGGUUCGGUGUGGUUGACUGGAUGAUGAGGAACUACACCCCUCGUGCUGGUUAUGAAGAUACUCAGAUGGUCGAUGUGGCCGAGGAGUUUGUUCACUUGUUGGUUAUCUUGUUGACCGACCGGAACUCUCUCGCUGCGAUCGAUGACAGCGAUACGGCGACACGCGAAAAUAUCAGUCGCGACAUUGCACAUGUCCUGUGCUUCAAGCCUUUGUCUUUCUCUGAUCUGUCGAACCGACUGAGUGACAAGCUUCUCGACUCUGAUAUGCUCCAAGACGUGCUGGAGGAGGUGGCCGAUUUCCGGGCCCCUGAGGGCUUGAACGAUACUGGGACCUUUGCCCUCAAGCCCGAGUAUCUGGAUCUUAUCGACCCGUACAGCGCUCAUUAUACCAAGAACCAGCGGGACGAGGCGGAGAACAUCUACAAGGAAUGGAUGGCCAAGAAGACGGGUAAGAAGGCAUCUGAUAUCGUGUUUGAGCCAAAGCUCCGGCCUAUCGCCACCGGUGCAUUCUCCGAUCUUCCUCGGUUUACGCGAACACUGCUGUUCGCUCAGAUUGUUCACCAGUGUCUUGAGUAUGUGAUGUCCUCGAAGGAUCGGACACCCGGCAUUCCUCCUACGCGUAUCGAGACCUUCCUCCAAGUGGUUCUUCACCUCAUUCUUGCCGCCACAUUGGAAGAUAGCACUGAAGAAGACGAAAUGUCGGAUGACUCUACGGGCUCGUUUGCCCUGCAUGCUCUGACAAAGGCCCGGGCGACUCAGGCAGGCAAUCUCACGAUUAUCGGACUGUUGGAGAAGAUCUCCAUCAUGAGCGAGUACAGUGCUUGCGGGCCGAAAGUCCGCCAUAUUCUCAAGAAGCUCUGGCAAAGACGCCCGCGGACGUACGCCUCUGCUGCGGCUUCUUUGAAGUUCCCGUUUGACAGGGUGGACACUAAUUCACCUGCUAUCGACACUGAUAAUGAAAAGGAACUGAAGAAGAAGCAGGCGCUGGAGAGACAGGCACGUGUGAUGGCGCAAUUCCAGCAGCAACAACAGAACUUCCUGAACAACCAAGGUGCUUUCGACUGGGGAGAAGAGGACUUCAGCGACCUUGAAUCCGAGCCCGAGGCUGUGCCAGAAACGACAAAAGUCUGGAAAUAUCCCAGUGGCACAUGCAUUCUUUGCCAGGAAGAGACAAACGACUCGAGGCUGUAUGGCACGUUUGCGUUGAUUCAGGAUAGCAAUAUUCUGCGGCAAACCGACGUGAAAGACCCUGACUGGAUCCGCGAAGUGCUUAAGACCCCGUCGAGCUUGGAUAAGUCUGCGGAGAGUGUACGGCCCUUUGGCGUUGCAGGCGAGAACCGCACGACGGUCAAAAGGCUUGAUUCUACCGGAGGGGAGGUAAUCAGUGAAAAAAUCGGCCUGAGCAAAGGGUUCAAUUCGAAGAACACUGUUAGCGGGCCGGUCACGACGGGCUGUGGGCACAUUAUGCACUACUCCUGCUUCGAAGUCUAUUACACCGCUACCCAACGCCGUCAUAGCCAUCAAAUUGCGCGACACCACCCGGAGCGAUUGGCGUUGAAGGAGUUCGUAUGCCCUUUGUGCAAGGCGUUAGGAAAUGCUUUCCUGCCAAUUACCUGGAAGGGCAAGGAGGAAUCGUAUCCCGGUCCCUUGAAUGCUACGUCGUCUUUCGAUGAAUUCAUGACUGCGGAUAUCAAAACGGCUCUGUCUCAGCCCCGCAACUAUGCCUUGCUUGUUGAAAACAACAAGCUGCAGCUACAGCAGUCGUACCAGGAGCUCUUCGUCGACUACCUCUCCAAAACACUCGUCCCUCCACUUGCGUCCAAGAUUGAGCAAUUGGUCACAUCGUCCUUGCCCUCGAGUAUGCACUAUCUAUCGCAGCCGCGGAUGCCGGCGAUGCCUGGUCUCUUCCCCUCGCAGGACGAAGCCCCGGUGACUAGUCCCCUCCAGCAUGUGUCCAGCCCCAACGACAGCCCCAUGUCUGAGCUUCUUCAAAUCUAUACACGUUUGAAGCAGACCCUCCGAACGAACCACAUCCCCUCAGCUUUCAACUAUCCGCCAGACACCCUUGGCACGGAGGAACUCCUCCACACCGACUCCUUGUUCCAGAGUUUUGGUUUCAGCAUUGCUGCUGCGGAGAUUCAGCAACGUGGCGUGGAGUCGGACCCAGGGACAACGCUACUGCAGAAGAUCCCUCAGCUGACGUUGACCCAUCUCCGUGUGUUGGCGGAGACGAUUUUGACCUACGCUGCUGUUGGCUGUGUGCACGACAACGCUAGUGGCCAUGCUCGUACUCUCAAUGAAUUCCAGGAGAUGCAUCGACAGAAGAUUCUGCAGCUGUUCGUUGGUCAUCCCUGCCUCAGUGGAACAGCUCUGGCGGAAGAUAUCCGCGAUAUUGAGCCUUUGCUGGGUAAAGAUACGUUUGUGUUCCUGGCUGAGUGUUCACUGUCUCUCCUCCCUGUCUUGAACAUCGACAUCCGGCAUCUGGUGCAGAUGUGCUAUGUGGCCGAGAUUGUCAAGGUGGCUGUCACUUAUAUCCUAUGGCCCCUUGGUCUGAAGGAGGAGCUGUCUCAGAAUGGCGAUGCACACUAUCUGUUGGACAUGGAGCUGUCUGACGAACGAUACGAAUUCACCCGGCAAUUCUUUAACACUAUUGUUUCGGAGUUGAAGUCGAACUCCGUGGGACGGGCUGAAGGGUCUUCAUACCCUGCGGAGAGUGGAUACGUCAAGGAUGGCGAGGACUCUGCGACCCCGGGGGUGAUCAUCGCUCUGAGGCGCUUGGUGUCGAGAUAUGCGUUGACCUUCCUCCGGAAGACGAUGAUCUUGCUCCAUGUGCAACAUGGGGUCGACUUCCCUAACGACGGGUUUGACGAUACGGGUCUGUCGGAGCUCGACCGUCUCACGAUGUUGCUGGAUCUGCCGUCGAUUGACGCAGUCUUCUCCUCCAUCAACUCCGCUAGACGGAGCGACAGUCCGUUUGAUUCGGUGGUCUCUGGGUGGAUCUUCCACUGGAACGCUUCGCGGUCUGGCAUUCGCAUUGAUGAUCACAAGCUGUGGCCGAGCCUCCCUCACCCAGCCAUCUUUGAGUUGGUCGGCCUUCCGAAAUACUUUGACAGCUUGAUCGAGGAGGCGAAUCGGAGACGGUGUCCGAACUCGAAAAAGGAGCUGACUGAUCCGAGCAUCUGUCUGUUCUGCGGGGAUAUCUUCUGCUCGCAGGCAGUGUGCUGUAUGAAGAACAAUAAGAUCGGGGGAUGCAACCAGCACCUGGAGAAAUGUGGCAAGAACAUCGGCUUGUUUAUCAACAUCCGCAAGUGCACGGUGCUGUACCUGCACAACCAGAACGGCUCAUGGCAUUUUGCGCCCUAUCUGGACCGACACGGAGAGGUGGACCCCGGUCUUCGGCGCAAUCGCCAGCUGAUCCUGAACCAGAAACGAUACGACCGGUUGCUUCGCGAUGUGUGGCUGUCGCACGGGGUUCCGGCCACGAUCAGUCGCAAGCUGGAGGCUGAUAUUAAUAACGGAGGAUGGGAGACCAUCUGA